GCUGUCGGUCCGGAAGGCGGGGACGGCGACGAGACGGUGGCAGAGACGCAGCAGGGACAGCAGAGAACCUGGAGUCGGCCAUGAGCUUCCCCGGGGCCGCGGCUGUGGUGGCCGACCUGACCGUGUCGCCGCGCCCCUGCUAGAGGACAGAUUAGAACAUCAUGGCAGGGAGGAAUCAGAAUCGAACUGUUUCCCUCCCAGGAAUUCAGGCCAGUGGCCAGGUACAUACUUUUGGAAAUUGUACGGACAAUGACGGGUUGGAGGAAGAUGCUGAAGUAUAUGAACUUCGGUCCAGGGGAAAGGAAAAGGUUCGAAGAAGCACAUCAAGAGACAGGCUUGAUGACAUCAUUAUAUUAACAAAAGAUAUACAAGAAGGGGACACUCUAAAUGCAGUAGCCCUUCAGUACUGUUGUACGGUAGCAGAUAUCAAAAGAGUUAACAAUCUCAUCAGUGAUCAAGACUUUUUUGCCCUUAGGUCUAUCAAAAUCCCAGUUAAAAAGUUUAGUUCUUUGACUGAAACUCUUCAUCCUCUGAAAGGAAGACAAGGUUUUCAUCCUCCACUUGUUCCAUGUACUCCAGGGCAGGAAUCGGUGGCCACUGAGGACUCUCUGUGUUCCAGUGAGUCAGCUGGCAGUUUCCUGAAGGAAGUGGAUCGGGACAUAGAACAAAUAGUAAAGUGCACGGACACCAAAAAGGAGAACCUGAACGAGGUAGUGUCUGCCUUAACUGCCCAGCAGAUCCGCUUUGAACCGGACAGCAGAAGCACUCCCAGAAAGGAUCCCUACUAUGGAGCAGACUGGGGAAUUGGUUGGUGGACAGCUGUAGUGAUAAUGUUGAUAGUGGGUAUAAUAACGCCAGUAUUUUAUUUGCUGUAUUAUGAAAUUUUAGCUAAAGUAGAUGUUAGUCACCAUUCAACAGUGGGCUCUUCACACUUGCAUCCAGGACUCACACCUCCCUCACAGCACAGAGAAAUGGAAAAUGGAAUUGGCCCAACAAAAGGAAUGCAUGGUGGUCAACAAGAUGACCACAGACUAUAUAGGCAAGAUUCGCAGGCUCCUGCUGCUCAACACAAAACGUAGCAGUGAGCUCUAAUCAGUGUUGAUUGAUGAUCAUGUGCACAUAUGGAAUGUGGUGGUUCAGAGACCUCCAAAAGCUGCUCGAAGUCAAUCUAGGAACAUCGAGGAUGCUUUGAUUUUACCUUCCUAGGAAUCCCUGAGCCUUUUUUUUUACAAAUGGAUUGUCUAUAAUAUACACAUUUGCUUUUUAUAUUGAGACUGGUCAGAACUCAUCUGCUCUAUCAGUUCAUGAAGCAGAAAUUAAUUUAAAUGUAUGUCUAGGAAUUCUAACUUAGAAGAUGCUCUCAUUUUUCUUAUUCAAGAUUAGUUACAUUUAAAUUUAUUUUUUAAAAGAAUAUUUUUUUUUUAAAUUCAAGGUUGUUCAUGUCAAGUGUUUGAGAUGCUUACAACUGAAGAACAUUUGCUACCAUACCAUCAGAACAUUGUUGUAAAAGUUUUGACUCUAAAAUUAUUUAUGAUACCAAGUACUUAACACUCAGUUUUGAAAGUUUGAAAACAGAUAUGGAAAUGUAAUUUAUAACUUGUAUAAUAGAGGCUAACAAAUUAACUAUUUUGAGACCCCUGAAUAAUGUCUUAGUGUUGGGGACUUGCCAUUUGAUCACAAGGGCACUGAAAGAGGUCAGGACCUAGUCCAUGAGAGAGGAUACUUUAGGACCGGCCUUCCAACCUCACUUCCACUUAUCAGUAAAAAGGAAUGUAAUCGUAUCUGGUAUUUGGAAGCACUUUGUAGUUCUUUGAUGAAGUGUUAUACAGAAAAGCAUAUUCAGCAAAUUUCUCUUAACAUACUGUGACUAAUCACUGCUGUUACAAAUAAUAACAUGCCUUAAUUACACUUAAUGCCUUACAAUGUCACUUUACGUAAGUUCAUACACACUUUAUAAUUAAAGUGGAAACAUUGUCAGAUUUCCUGCCAUAGGUUAUCAUUUCAUAUGCUGUGUAAAUUUGUCUGUCUUCACUUUUAAGCAUAAGUUAGUGGAAUAAACCAAUUUGUACUAUCUGCCUCUGAA